UUCUCGUUAAUGCGUAACGGUUGUGAUCGAGAUAAAACCUCAUUUUGCGAACAGAUAUCCAACUUUAAAGGGAUUUACUUCUACAGAAAGAUCUUGGCCAAAUUCUGCUCAUCGGUGAAAGUGAAAUGAUUUGCCGAAUUGGUCUAAGGAUGGUUCUUCUCGUUGCAUCUUUAUUUAUCGUCCACCUGCUGUCUGCAACAACCGCUGAACAGUGUGGAACGGAAUAUUCCAUUUUCGGCAUGAUGUUGAUGAGACACAAUUUUAAGACGAUGAAAACGUCUAGCGCAAUGGAGUGUUUACAUGCUUGUAGGGACGACGUGAGGUGUCAGAGCCUGAACUACGUCAUGGGGGAAGAUAGCUGUGAGUUGAAUGACCGCACCAAUAAGGCCAGACCUGAGCAUUUUGUGCCAGAUCUAUUCCGAUAUUAUCUUACACGAGACAAGAAUAGGGUCCCUCUCGGUUCCAUACCGGAGGUACCUGCGGAGACAUGUAGAGAAAUCAAGUUGAGUGAAGGUCACACAAUCAGUGGCAGCUAUUGGUUGAAUUCGAUUGUUAAUGGCAAAUCCCUACUUGCUCAGUGUGAUAUGGAGACAGAAGACGUUGACGAGUGUAGUGCUGACGUCCAUAUUUGUGGCUCUAAUGCAAACUGCACAAAUACCAACGGCUCUUAUUACUGUUCCUGUCAUUCUGGUUUCACUAGAAGUGGCAAAGAAUGUGUAGAUAUAGAUGAAUGUACAGCUGGUGUUCACACUUGCCUUCGUGGAACAGCCACGUGCAUUAACACUAUUGGUUCGUACAACUGUUCUUGUAACCUUGGUUACGUAGGGGAUGGAAGAACAAGUUGUUAUGUGCAGUCAGCCGAAUGUCAAAAUCAUGCAAGUCUUACAGAAGCUAACAGGAAAGAAACGUUCACCGGAGUUCUUUUAUGCGACAAUUCACUCGGUCCAAAUUGGUUUCGUUUCCAGGGAGCAGCCGGGAAUAAAAUGGCUGCCACAUGUGUUCCAACUCACCGCUGUGGAACGCAUGCAACUGGUUGGUUAAACGGGGUUCAUCCUACAGUGAGCGAGGGUAUAGUCACCAGGCAGGUCUGCUUUAAUUGGUCAGGAGGAUGCUGCGUCUGGUCCAUCAACAUCCAAGUAAGGAAUUGCAAUGGAUAUUUUGUGUAUUACAUCAGUGGUACACCUCCAGUGCAUCCCUGUCAUCUGCGGUACUGUGGUGCUGACUAGAUUGUCAAUGAAAACAAUACGAAGCGCGUUUUUCUUAUGGACGCUGUAAAUCUUCGACUGAUUUCAUCCUAAAGGAUCUUUCUCUGGCUGUGAAACGAAAGUGGUAUAGGUAGUCAUGGUUUUUGAACUCGCAGAAAAUUUUUUUCUCGAACAAAUAAGGAUACCAAAUUUCUUUGACAUUAUUCAAGCAGAUUAAGGGGGAAAAUGUUAAUGAGCAACAGAUCGGUGAAUAAAAUGAUCAAAUUUUUAAAUGUAAAUAACGAAUAAGGCGAAGGCUUACAAACACCUACCUAAGUUUAAAGUAUAUUAAUGUCGGAUAUCAACCUUUGUUCCCUUAAACCCAGUCGUUCGAGGGUUUUUAUUCUUCGCCUGUGGCCGUGUUAACAAUGAAUCCAUGUUUAGUCUUCAAUCACAAAUCAGUGCUAAGCUCUAAAUUCCCAGAGCAGUUGUGAUAGCCUCACUAAAUGAUUUACAACUUAUUGUGCUUUAGUGAAAUAAAGACAAAUAAAAAUAAUAAAAAAGUGAACAAAUUUGUGAAAUAGAGACAGAUAAAAAGUUAGCCAAAUUUGUGAAAAAUAUAUUGUUGUUUGAAUAACGCAACAUGGCCGCCGGUUGUAAGAC